AACGCAAAUGGCUUUUCCUUCAAAGAAACAAUGCAUCAGCAAAACAGCAGAUCUAGAGUUCAACAAAGAUCCCAAUUUUAACUUUAGCUCAAACAUUCCAGCAGAUGGUGUCUUCAAAGCUGCAAACCAAGGGUUGCCUAAAUCUGCCAAGAAAGUGGAACCGCCUUCAAAGAAGACAGCUACGAGAGGACCUCUUAACAGAUACAAACUAGAAGCAGAGCUGAAGACCAAGAAUCAGCUGUUAGAAACAGCCAAACAGCAACUACACUCCAGACUAACAGGAGCACAGGGCACUAUAAAGGAGUUAAAGGAGGAGAAUGAAGGCCUGGUACAAGAAGUUGAGAAGCUCAAGAAAUUUCAGGAGACUUGCAUGGUGAUUUUGGAAAGCAGAAACAUUGAUCCUGUUACAGGCAGCAACAUUUUGGAGGAGGAGGAAAAGACACAAGAGUGCCAGAAGCAAACAAUGCUGUUAACUGAGAAGCUCAUAGAAGAAUUGAGGCUAUUCAAUCAAACAGCUGCAAAAGAAAAGGAGAUGCUUCAGACGGCGAUGGCUAAGUGGAAAUCGGCAGAAGAGGAGCAACGCCAGUCCAUGGAGAAGCAUUCCUCCUUUCAAGCAGAAAUUAAGGAAUGCUCAGCAAUACUUGAUGAGUUGGAGCUGCUCCUGGCUAUGUGAGGCACAAGGACAGACUGUACA